AUGCCACGAAGAGAUUUGAAGGACUUUCGUUUCAUGCCAUUUGGCUGUUUACAUUUUCAAUGUGAGUAUAUCUGCUUCAGCCUUAAGGAUUUAUGCGGGAAUAUUAAAAAAAUGACUCAUAAAAUUUCCAUAAUUUUACCAUCGUUGUUGGGCGCGCAAGUAUUUACAGAGAAACCGGAGGAGAAACAAAUUAGUUGUCAUCCGAAAAUUGUAAAUUUCAAUCGUGUAGAUAAUUAA